GUCGUGGAUCCCGUUAAAAGCCACCCCAGGGUCUUUCAACUUGCGAGCAACUUUGAAUAGCGGUCAAGCUUUCCGAUGGAUCUGUAAUGACAAACUGGAUGAAUGGUAUGGAGUCGUUAACGGUCGACUUUGGAGAUUGAAGCAGUCUAAGGCGAGUGGACCCGUUUACUAUUAUCACUACCAGACCACCGCAAACAAGUCUGAUGUUACCAAUGGCACUGAUCAACCAGAGGAUUUGGUUGACUAUUUUCGUCUUUCCAUCGAUCUUCCCAGUCUGAUUACCCGAUGGCAGAGUUCAGAUGCACUCUUUGCUAGCUAUUCUUCCACGAAAUCGGAAUCGGUUAACUCUCUAUCGUGUGCUGAAGCCUAUGGCAUUCGCCUGUUGCGUCAGGAUCCCGUCGAAGCUCUUUUUGCUUUCAUCACCUCCGCUAACAAUAACGUCCCUCGUAUCUCCCGUUUGUUAAGGGACUUGUGUGAGAUGCUUGGUAAACCUGUCUCUUGCCAUGGUCUGAAGCACUGGUUGUUCCCUAGUCUGGAGGCGCUCGCGGAGCCGGGCUUGGAGGAAUGGCUCAAGAAACUAGGCUUUGGUUACCGUUCUAAGUUCAUUCCAGCCGCUGCCCGGUACGUUCUACAACAUGGCGGAGUGGCUUAUCUUCAUAGCCUGCGGUCCAGUUCAACAGCAGAUGCACGCGAAUUUCUACGUAGGAUACCAGGAGUUGGGAACAAGGUUGCUGAUUGCAUUUGUUUGUGUUCUUUGGACAAAGUGGACGUAGUUCCUGUGGAUAUUCAUAUCUUACGAGCAGCCCAAGAACGCAAGCUGACUGGUGCGGCUGAUAAAACGCGAAGUUUAACUCCUCGAGCGUACUUGGAUAUCUCGUUCGCCCUAAGCGCACUCUGGGGAAAUUGGGCUGGUUGGGCUCAAGCUAUUGAUUUUGCUGCACGCAUGCGAUCUAGUCCUUUCCACAAGUGUUAA